GGUGCAGCUGUGAUUGGCUGCCUGUUUUUAUAACUUCCUCAAAAACAAAAACAGAGAGCAAGAGCAAAAACAAGAGCGUUCAGUGCUGGAGUAGUUUUGACAAGUUGAUUUGACACUAUUUGUCUAACGAGAGAAAACAGAGGAAUGUUAACAGGAAGUGGAAGAAACUGCCGGUAUCUGGAAGUACUCAGAAGUCAGUGGAAGAGAUCUCUCAACCGCAACCAGAAGUGAAGUAUGGCCAGUGAGUACCAAACACUGUCCUCAGCAGAGUCAUGCAGGAGUUUAUCCAGCGAGACGUCAGAGUGCUUUAUAUGCAGGGAUGUUGCCCAUCGAGCCAGUGACCCACUGAGACAUUUCUGUGACUGCAAAAAUUUACUUUCCCAUCAUGUGUGUCUGUCCACCUGGAUCCAGAAGGCCUGUGGGAGUGAACACAGACUGCACUGCAUCCUCUGCAAAGCCAAGUACCAGGUCCAGAGGAGGUCUCCAUGGCGCCCUGUGAGCUCCCAGGGGCAGACGUGGCUGGUGCUGCUCAGUGCUCUCGUGUUGAUGUUUCUGGUUCCUUACGCUGUUUACUGCCUGAUGACCGCCUUCACCAACCCUCCUCCUUCCAUCACCUUUAAAGUGGCAGCAGCCACCUUUGGUCUGCUGACAGAGAUCCUGAUCAUCAAUUCCAGCUUGUCUCCUGUCCAUGUCUCAGUCUGCUCCACACACUGGAGGUGUCCCACUGCAGGAACAGGUUUCUGUUCACUCAUGCACGUUAUCACUGGUGUGAUUGGGAGGGUGGUGGGUGCCCUUGUUAGGAUGGGUGGGCCUCACAGACCCGUGCCCCAUGGUGCUUGUGCUGCCUGGGAUGUGCCAGCCUCCUGCUGCCCCCUGUCAGCCUGCAUCUCAGUCACUAUUCCCCCCGAGGGUGGAGGUCCCUGUGAGGUCCGACCCCCUCAUCUCUCACCCACCACACGGCCUGGUUUCUAAGAGAAAGAACGAGACGAAGAUAAACACUUCAGAAAAACCUUUUAUUGUGCUGAAUCCAUAUUCUGUACUCUCGUGUUCAUUAAUAAUCACUCUUGAUUAAAUGGUCACAUGCUAUAAUGGCAAUGUAUUGGAAAGAGGGCUAAAGCAUUUUGCUGCCAUCCAGUAAGUAAAGUAAAUGAGCCUCUGUUUCUUAUCUGUUGUCAGUUGCCAUGGCUACAUCACUUCAGACACAGGUUUUGUUUUCUUGAAAGCAAUUACAUUGUCAGUUCUGAGGAAAUAUGACAGUUUAAUAAAAGGUUAUGGUCAUUUGGCUAAUAGUUGUAAUGCUUUCUCAUCUGUUUGUCAAAACCAAUAUUCUAGAUUGUUCUUGGUGUGAAUAAGUUCCAUAAGAAUAACAAAAGCAAAAUAAAUGUAUCCUACUUCAGUUGUUCCUCCAUCACCAUGACAUAGCACUGCAGUUUAUUUUUGCGAUUCAGUCAUCAUCCUGCUCCAUAAGAAACUCACAAUUGAACCAAAGCUGAAAAUCGUCCCCAAAUAACACACUUUUAACACGUUUGCAAAGAACGACAGAGCCCAGCUGUUUACUAAAAUUACUGAGCCUUUUUUUCAAAUGAAACUAUUAAAUUGUGACCCAUAAUUAACAAUUGACAUUGUGCGUAGUAACUAAUGGGCUUCAUGGAAAUUGCAGUCAAUAAGAAAAAUAUUGACUUAUAGCUGAAUUUUUGUUAAAAAGUUGUCCGGCUAUUUCAGAGAUAUUUCACUUUCACAAACGUGGCAGUGCUGGGUUAAAGUGCUGCAAGCUCAAAUGAAUGUAAAAGGAAACCCAGUGAAGUGUACAUUAUUUGUUCUUCACAGUGUUGUUAAUUUUAACAACACUGUUAUUUAUUUUGUAAUGUUGUCAGCUGUUUUAUAAAUUAGUCUUAGUCUUGAGUCCAAUGUCCUUCUUAAUUGUUAUCCUACUUAGUAAAUAUUACUGCAUGAUGAUAUAGUCAUAGAUAGAAAAUAAGGUACCACUUUACAAUAAGACUACCCUUAUAAAGGAUUCAUAAAGGGUUUAUAAUUAGGUUAUUAAUUAGAUUGU